UUAUGAAAACAUUCUCUUGAUUAAAUUUUAAUAGAGGUACCUGUUAGUGUAAAUGUACCUGUUAGAGUACCUGAUAAAAUUAACUUAUAUAUAUUACGUUGUAACUCUCGUGCGCAUAUACAAUAAUUAAUGGUAUUUUCCAUUAUAUGUUAAUGUCAAGGGGUGGUAAAGUGGUGAUCAAUUGAGCAUAGGAACAAAACAAUGGAAAAGGUGCCCGAAUCUAGUAACAUUCUAGUGACGGGUUUCGGUCCAUUUGGGAUCCAUAACGUAAAUGCUAGUUGGGAAGCGGUUAAAUCCCUUCCCGAUAAAAUUCAAGGAUACCGAAUCAUUAAAGAAGAAAUCCCAGUUUCCUAUAAACAUGUUGAAGAUAAUAUACCUCUUUUAUGGCUUCAGUAUCAACCCAAGCUAGUGGUUCAUGUGGGCGUAUCCGCUUUAGCAGAAGAAAUAACCAUCGAAACGUGUUCAAACAAGACUGGAUAUCUUAGACCAGAUGUAGAGGAAAAAUGCCUACCAAAUUCGGAAGCGCGUUGUGGUACAGACCACUGCUUAAAAACUGGGAUAAGUACGAAAGCGAUUUGCGAAAGAGUUAACAAACACCCAAAAAUUAAGGCUUGCACUUCUGCUGACGCUGGAAGGUAUCUCUGCGAAUAUAUUUAUUAUAUAUCCCUAAAUCAGGAUAACAAACGAACCCUCUUCAUUCAUGUUCCCCCAUUGGAUAAGCCCUACAGCAAAGCAGAAUUGACAGAAGCUCUUGAGGAAGUUAUAAAAGCAGCACUAGAAUUAAUAAGUGAAGAAGAAAAAGGGUAUGAUUAUUAUCUUCCACCAGAAGCAAGUCGGAUUUACAAGAAUGGUAGAGCUGCUGCAAUGACUUAGCAUUUAAAGUUUCGAUAUUAAAAGUGAUGUAUAUUAUAACUACGGUGAAUUUUUAAUAAUAAUAAACUUAGUUUACGGUUGCAAA